AUGCGUUGCGAUCCGAUGCAUUGGUCAAAUUUCGCAGGUGGCUAUUGCUGUGCUCCGCUGUGCUGUCGAGGCUUGCCCAACCCUUUCGCCUCGCCUUCUCCCCUUCCCCUUCCCGUCUCCCUUCGCUGCAACAAAUCGCCCCUCUCCACAAUCCUCUCGAUUCCACAGUUUCGAACCGCCCGUGUUGAGAGCUCCCUCUCUCCUCCGUCGCACGUUGACGACACCAUGGCGAAGCAGAAGAAGUCCCUCAAGGGAUCAGUCGCCAUCCUCGCUAUGAACUUCCUCCGUUUCCUCAACAUGGUGAUCAUCGUCGGCGGCGCCGCCACGAUCGUAAUGGUCUUCCUCAUUCAAUCGCCGCCCACCUUCCCCGCCGGCUGGGGUUUCUUCUUCCUCAGCACCCUCGUCAUUCUCUCCGGUCUCUUCGGCACGAUCGCGUCUGGGCAGGUCGGGUGCUUCGAGUGCCACCUGUUCUGCCUAUUCAUAAGCGCCGCGGGGCUGUGCGCUUCGACGCUGAUGAUCUUCCUCCGUUUCAAGGACGUCGUACUGUCGUUGAAACCGAACGCCGACCCGUACCAGAUGUACGACGCGGAGCAGUACGUACGCAUCCUCGGCGCGAUCUAUUUCUUCAUCUUUAUGACGCAGAUGGUUAUUCUCAUGCUCGGCUGCACUGUACACCACUUCGGCCUUAUAGAGCAUAACGAGGACCUCGAUGCGCUGAAAUCCGCGCGCGAGCUAGCGCGCUCCGAGGAGAUUCACCGGCGGCCGAAGAUCGACGGCUGGGUGCCGCACAAGCUGACGGAGAAGAUGAAGCACAAGUACCGGCAAUGGACGCACAGGGGCGCCGCGGACGAGGAGGAAGAAGCGGCCAUGGAAUUCGAUAUGGAGUCGAGCGUUGGAAGCCAAAUGCCGUCCAGUCCCCCGCCGCCGUACCCUGGUGUGUCUACAUACCCUCCCGCGUAA